AUGGAUAAAUCAAAAUUGGUUUAGCACACAUCGUCUUUGAAUACUAAUCUACAAUAUUAUCUAAAUAAGUUCGAGAAGAACCAAGAAUGGGCUGAUAUAGCUCCAUUAUUGAUGAAAAUCGAAGGGUUGUUGAAAUAACACCCAUCUCCAUACAUAAUCGAGAAAAUAUAAUUAAGCAAGAGAUUAGCGUAAUGUCUAAAUCCUCACCUUUCUGCACCAAUUCACAUGUCUGUAUUGAAGAUCUAUGAUCAAUUAUUCAAAAAUAUGGCAAGCUUCAGCGUUGAAGGAGAUCCAUCAGGAGUGGUGAAAUUGUAUUUGGAAGAUCUCGCCCUAUAUUCAAUUGGACUGCUACCCUUUUUUUCGAAUGCAUCUUCUAAAGUAAGACCAUAAUUCUUGGAUCUAAUUAAAUAACAUUACGUUCCUUUGGGAAGAGAGUUAAUACCUAUGUUACCAGGAUUAGUUGCCAGUAUAUUGCCUGGUUUGGAUGAUUAAUAAGAAGCUAAUCAAAAGAAUUGCAUGAGUGUAUUAGAUGAAUUGAGUCAAUCGGCAGGCAGAAAAUUUCUCAUAGGAUCAGUGUGGAUGUCCAUGCUUCGAAGUUCUAAAUGCAGGAGUUCAUCUAUAAAGUAUUUAUCUCAGAAGAUCCCAAAAAUGCAAUAGGAAUAAGAGGAUGAGCAAUCAGAUUACAUGAGUGAUGAAUACGAAGAAGAAGAGUAAUAGAAAUCAUAAUAGAUUAUUGCAUAAGAACAGUAACAAAAUCAAUUGAAAGCUCCUCAAAAUAAUCAAGAUUUAGAAGACAUCAAAGAUGAUUCCAUAAUAUAAGCUAUGGAUAACAAGGCAUAGAAUGAAAUUAGAAAGAGAACUAUUGUUGUAGAAUAGAGUAUGGAAUUGAAGCGAAAGUAAGCUCUGAUGAUCAUUGAAGAUGGUAUCGAUGAGGAAACACCUGAAAACAAUUUUCCACCACUUUAUGUGUCUGCACUCAUUUCCUCUUUGGAAGAUGAAAAUUAAUUGAUCAAGAGAUAAGCACUCGAUAUGAUGUAUACUCAUUUGAAAUCGAAUGUCAUCUAAGAAAGUAAAGAGAUAUUGGUUGAAGCCUCAUUGAAAUUACUAAUUAGAAAAGAUUUAUCAGUUACCAGAAGAGUCAAUUAAUGGUUAUUUGGUAAACCAGACAUGGAUAACAAGUACUAGAUAACUGAACAAAAUAAAGAUAUUCUUUAACAUGUUGCGAAUUCAUUUAACAAAUUCUUACAAUAAGAAGCCAAUGAAUAAAAUGCAGUCUUUCCAAUUAAAUUAUUGUAUAAUUUCUUUAUGGAACAUGAUCAUAUGGUUGAAUUACUGAUUGGUCAGGUCUCCUUUAAUCUAAUUAAAUAUGUUGAGACUAAUCACAAAAAAUAUCCAGAAAUUGUAAAAUCUUGCAAAAGGUUAUUGGAAUCAAUCACAUCAUUUCUGUUGAUUGUUGUUAAUGAGGUCAGCAAAGUAUACAACACUUAUAUUAACUUCUUAUUUUCUAUUCUCAUCACCAAAGAGGAUAAUUUUGAGAAGUCCAUAGAAUUUACAUUAUUAAGAAGUGCUGCAGCUAAUUUGAUGACUUGCUUGUCAAAAUUUUCACCUGAAGAAUUGAGAAAACAAUCUCCUGGUUCCACUUUGAACACACUAUUAGUUAGAAUGGAACAAUUGCCAUAAUAAUUGGAUAAACAAUUAGUAGGGCCAGCAGAGAUGUCAAAUUAUGAUGAUGCCAUUGAAGAAUUCGGGUAGUUGUAUUAGAAUUUGUCUGAUGUAAUACUCGAUGGAGAUGAAUAAAUAAGAGUGGAGUUUGAAUCAAUUAGUAAAUCAUUAAUUAAGGGAUUAAGAUUCAAAUAAAACAAGGAAGUUCAACUACUACCAAAAUGGUUUACAUCAAUUACUAAAAUCAUCAAAGAGGAAAACCCAUCAAUCUCUUUAUUAGCCAUUCAAAGUAUGAUUGAGAUAUUGAUAUCUGAGAAAGUGGAUAUCAUAUAUGAGAAUCUGAAGAAAUUGAUUAUAGAAGAAAGUAGGACAAAAAUGUUGAAGAAUCAAAUUGUUGAGGGAUAAGAUUAUACCAAACUUACUCUAGAGAAAUUGUGGAAUCUUCUUGACUAUCCUUUUUUCCAUGAAAGAAUCAUAGAAAUGAUUGUCAAUCUAUCAAAAGUGUUCCCAACAUUUUUCACUGAAGUUGUAAUUCAUCAAUUCAAAAAUAUGCAAGAAGCAGCCAUCAGAAGAUUUGCUCUCUUUUGGAAAUUAAGUGCCACUCAUUAUAAGGAACUAUAAGAUCUAAACAAGGUGGGACUCUUUCUGAUGCUUGAUUUCUUGGAUCACGAGAAUCCAAUCAUAAGACACAAUGCUAAAAAUUGGUUAUUAGAAUCAACAGAAAUGUUAGAGAGAAUCUUGGAUCCUCUAUUCGAAGUUCUAAUUUAAAGUAGUUCAUCUUGGUAUUUGACUGACAACUAAUAGAUAUUCUUUGCCAAAGUUUAUGAAACCAAAAGAAUCAAUGAAACCAUCAAAAAACUAAAAUCAAUUCUUAUCUCAUUCAGUGCUAGAUUCAUGGAAUAUGUCUAAGAGACAGAGAUCUCAUCUUACAUCAAGGAUAUCCGUAUGCAUUUCACUAAUGAAAGUAGUGUCAUUAUGUAAAAGGACACCAUGAUGUACUUAGAUUUAUUGGUCAUCAUUUGUCUGAAAUAUGUGUAAGGAUAAGCCAUAGAAAGUAUGUCUUUGAAAUUCUACAAGGAAAAUGCUGCUGUUAAUGCAUCUGCAUGUGAAUACAUUGAAUUAUUGAUUGUCAAUGUUGAAAAUCCAAUUGUCUCCUUGAAAUUUGCUGAGUAUAUCAUGCAACCCUUGUAGAUUGUAUUAUAUCAUGCAAUUGAAAAUGAAGAUCUAGUUAUGCAGGUGUAAAUUCUGAAUUUGUUCAAAGUUAUUUUCUUCAAUUCCUCAUUUAGAACUAAAUUCCAACCAGAGCAAAGAGAAUUGAUUGAAGAUACCAUGAGUAGAUCAGUUAGUAAUAGCAUUUUCAUUCCUACUCUUCUGAGGGGUAUGCAUACUCAUGUGCUGUAUGUCAGAGCCUAAUACAUUCACUUCAUUAGCACAUGCAUCCCUUUGUUAGCUGAACAUUUGAGAUAAUAAACAUUGACUGAUUGCGUUCAAUAAAUUUUGACUGCCUAUUUUAAAAUGAUUAAAGAUAUUGCAAAUAGAUAAUAUGAAUAAUAGAAAUCAGAUCAGAAGAUGAAUUAAUUCGAUUUCCUCUAAGGGUCAUCUCAACAUGAAAUAUAAUCCAUCCUAAUUGGAGUGAAGACCAUUUUAAAACAUAUUCUUGGAUUGCAAGAAAGGGAUGACAUGUUUUACGAGAAGAUGAAAGGGGACAAUACUGUUUUCAACACAGUUAAAUCUAUGAUAACAUUUGGAUUGCUAAAUGUUUAAGAUCAAAGUAAAACAACCAAGUUAAUUUUCUAAAAGUUUCAGAAUACUUGCGAAGUAAUUAUAUCAACCCUGCCUUCGAUUCUUGAAUUAUAUAUAAAUUGUUGGUCGUUGGGAUAAGACUUCAUUAAAUACUCUGAUACUAUGACUGCUAUGGGUAUUGGAUCGUAUUCAUUUGACAAAUUCAAUUCAUUCAAUAAAAUUCUAUAAGAGUAACAAACCAAGGAGACCAACAUUGUCAAGCCUUAGAUCUUAUAAAUGAUGAAACCAUUAUUUAUGAGUUACUCUAAAUAAUUCAUGACUGCCUUACUCUCAGUAUGGAGUAAUUAAAUCAAUCUACUACAAAAAUUGUUCUUUGAAAACGAAUAAAUUCUGAUUGAUCCUUUCUCUCUCCAUCAAAACACUUUUCUAUUGAAAACUAUUGAAAUUAUGAUUAUGAUGCAAUGUCCAAUUGAACUGUUCUUGGACAGUCUAUUGGAAUGUUAAUAAUUAUAGGAGUUGCAGAAAUAUUAUGAUAUUUAUAGAAGGAAGAAAUUGUCAACCACAAUGUUGAAUUUCUAGAUUUCUCAACAAGAAACUAAUAUCCUAUACUUUUUAUAUUGUUAUUUCACUUUUGCUUAAAUAGAUCCAAAUUAGUUAAAGAAAGAAAAUCUUCUCCCUUUUUGGGUGUAAAUAAUGAAAAUUCUGUAGAUACUGGCUUUAUCGAAAUCCCCAAGCACAAAUAUGUGGUUAUUGGAAUUGUAAUUACUCUUAACUCGUAAAUAUUCUCCCAAAGAAAUAGUUGGAGAUCAGCGAUUCAGAAAUCAACAUCAUGAAUUCAUAAAUGAUAAGUUAAAAUAUGUGGCUUAAUUCGGAGGAAAACUUAAUAUCUUUUGGAAUGACCCAGGCAUCAAAUCUGAAGGAGAUGAUUUGUUUCAGUAAUAUUCAAUCAAAUUUAAAGUGGUGACUCCUUUAACUCCAACUCUAUAUGACAUAUACUUGAAUGUCAUAAGAUCUCUCAAUAAAGAGGUACAAUAUGAAGUGACUGACAUUGAGAAACUAAUAUUUAGUUAAUUGAGCAGUGUGACUGAGGAUUUCAUUUAGACUAUCUACAGGUUGAUGUGCAUAAAGACACUUAAAAACGUAGCCUUGGAAUUGCUUUAAAACUCUUAUGCUGUGGAAAAGACAGAACGAGUGGUUUUGAGAUGUAAAGAAAUGAUGGACAUUCUGUAUCCUCUCUUAGAGAACAGAAGUCAAUACAAUUAGAUUUAUGUUUAAAUGAUCUCAGAGAUGUUGUAUUUCCAGUUAGAUAAAGCAAGACAAGUGUUAUUGAAGGUUUAUAAAGACUCAAUACUCAACAUUUUCAACAAAGAGGACUUCUUCAUAUAAUCAAAGCAUACUUUAAAGUAUUGGACUAAGAUUAUUAAUUGGGUUGUGUAGUAUGGCAGAAGUGAUCUAUUCACUUAGUAUUUAGAGUAGGUCGCUUAAUAAUCUUCGUUCUUCUUCAGCAGAGAAGGGGAGGAGAACAAAAGGAGAAUUAGGACUUUUGAACGAAUCUGUUUUCUGAUAUUCAGUGGAGAGAGAGAUAGAUAUACGAAGAAAUUAGAUUUGCUCAUUGAAAAGAUCUCUGAAGUUAUAAAAUCGGAUUCGGCCAAUCCUGGACUUGUUAUGCUUAUUCUAUUUUGUGUGAGGAUUCUGAUCUUGAGAUUGUCACCAAUUUAAUUAAACGAACUAUUUAGAAAUAUGUGGCCAACACUUCUAACCUUAUUGAUUAGUAUUUUCAAAAAUAAGCAAUCAAACUAAAAUUUGGUACUAGCUGCUCUCAAAUUAGUGGAAAUGAUUUCUUUCAUGUAAUAAGAUGAAUUUUUCCUCCAUCAAUGGAUUUUCAUUUAUGAUUACUUUGGAAUUAAGAUUCAAGAGAACUAGGGCAUAGGAGUACCCAUAACUCCAUUUUUGUAUUAGCCCUACUGUUCAAACUUCUUAUUCUAGCAAUAUUCAGUUGAUUACAGCAAGGUGGAAUAGACCAAUGUGACUGAUCCUUAGAAGAGAGAAAUAAUAAUUAAGUAAAUCAAAGUGGAUGGACAACAAUAGUUGGAGGAAAUCUCUCUGUAAUUGUGUAACUAUUUGGUGCAGUUGAAUAGCAUUAGGAUUUACACGGCGAAUGAAGAUAUCGAAGACUUGAUAGAGAACGAUUUCAUCUAAUUGGAUUAGUUUAUAUAUGAGAUAAUAAUGAUUAAUAUAUGUUUACUUUAUCAAGAGAAAAAUUUGAAAUUACAUACACCAGCAAAUUGA